UGAAGUAUAAUCUCCAACCUUCUUAGUUGCCACAUAAUUGAUAAUUUAAAAGCAAAUUGUUUUCAGUAAUUGUGAUACAAUACAAAAAUGUACAAUUGCGUCUGACAUACAUAUAUGUACAUAGUGCUGGCUUCCAUAACUUUAAUGUUGAUAUUUAUUUUUUUGAUGUUUACAACACAUUCAAAGCGAACUCAUCCAAAAAGGUCUGUAUGCUGAUCCAUGUCUUGUAACUACCAGUAUACAGUGGUAAAAAGCCUAAUAUUUCGAGGCUGAUUCCUAUGUGAAAUUGCGACAACUAGGCAACUACAAUUACCCAAAGUGUGGCAUCUGUGUGUGAAGUGUGACAACUCCAUGCAGUGCGACAACUAUAAAUAAAGUGUGACAAUACAUGUGAAUCGUUAAUAGAAAUUCUACAGUUGCCAUGGCUUCUGCUGGGGGAGAGGAGCAGUAUGAUUUUAUUUGGAAAGUUGUGUUGGUGGGUGACUCAGGGGUGGGGAAGACAAACCUGCUAUCCCGGUUCACCCGUAAUGAGUUUAACAUGGAGAGCAAGAGCACGAUAGGGGUGGAGUUUGCCACAAGGAACAUGCAGAUCAAGGGUAAGACGGUGCGGGCUCAGAUCUGGGAUACGGCCGGGCAGGAAAGAUACCGUGCAAUCACUAGUGUGUAUUAUCGAGGGGCAGUUGGUGCUCUGGUUGUGUACGAUAUAAGCAAGGCGUCGUCGUUUGAGAACCUGGACAAAUGGCUCGGUGAAUUGAGCGAGCAUGCUGAUCCCUUCUGCUGUAUCAUGAUCGUAGGGAACAAAGUGGACCUUAAACAUCUAAGAGCAAUAACUGCUGAUGCGGGCAGGUCCCUUGCAGAGAAGCACAACUACUCGUUCAUCGAAACCUCCGCACUGGACAACACAAAUGUCGGAGAAGCAUUCAACAAUUUGUUAGUUGAUAUUUUCAAGCUACAAGUGGAUGCCCCGCCCCCGAACCGGGGGGAAACAACAAAGCUUGGAAACCAGGAAGUAAAACAGAUGGAACAAGUUUCAGACUGUCCAUGUUAACAGCUGGAUGUACACUUACCCCCGUCAUUGUGUGGAAUUGUUAUUGAGUGUUGGGGUGGGUUUGGGAAGGGGGUUGGUGUGGAAAUUGAGCUGGGUGGGGUGGUAAAGGAAGGUGAAAUGAUCAUCCAAUAAAAAUCUGUUCAAAUGAUUUAUUUUUAUGUCUUUAUAAUCAGCAGAACCUUGCACUGUAUUGUGAAAAUAAUAUUAAGUGUACCCUUAUAUUUAUGCUUCAUAAGAUUCAUUUUCUCUCUCAGAACAUAAUUUUUGUCCUUUGUUUAAAUAAAUAACCUGGCAAUGAAAUACAAAAGUUGAAGCUCUAAUUUGUUCUCAUUAACAAGAAAAUAAACACAUUAGCAGUGACUGUUAUGCAUUUAUAUUAUUUUACAGUGAUUAUUUAUAGUAACACACUCAACUUUAUAAUGUUUUUAAAUAGCGUAAAUGGGCAGAACUAUCAGAAAUGAAAUUCUUUUCUCUUAUAAGUUAACUAACUGGAAAAGGAACUUGAAUUGCCAUAGUGAUAGUAAUAGUGAGUUUUUCAUAUAUAUUAAACACUUGAUAUGAUUACGACUGCCCUGGAUAAUUAUCUAUUUUGUUGAAUGAAAGAAAAUAUUGAAAUCCAUUUCCAUGUGUAUAUGUUUUUGUUUUGGCUUAUCAUGUGGCAAAUAAAACUAUUAGUUCAACAAUUAUAAUACAUAAUUGUAUCCGGCUGUUUUGGCAUCGUGUUAAUUUGACAUUGAUUAAUAUUACUGACUCCUAUUUUUUGAAAAUUCUUUAAAUGAUUAAGAUUCUCAUUUUAUUAAGCCAAAUUACUGCCUUUUACUGAGGUUUACCUAUCAAAAAGUAUGUAUUUAUUAUCUAUUAAAUAAUUUUCUUCGAAAGUCUCAAACAUUCAUCAUAAGAAAAUAACUCAAAUUAAAACAAAGUAAUGUAAGCUUAGUGUGAUCCUGUUAUAAGUGACUUGUCUUUGCAAUUAGAAUGCAUAGUUAGUAACAGCUUUGUGCACAGUAAGAAAAGAAUAGCCUGUUUUUUUAUUUUUAGUUUUUAAACAUAUAUGAAUUAUUCAGCUAAAAUGAUUCAUGUGAAGGAAAAAGUGACGAUUUAAUUCCAUUUCUCACACACAAUUAUGGCGCUAUUUUUUAUUAUUUUUUAAAAUGAAUCUCUUAUAAUUCAAUUUUACACAUUCUAUCAUAAGUUUCUUUUCUAAUCCUUUACGUGGCUACAUUCCAUAUUUUGUCGUGAACAGGACUCAUUUUUCGCAGACGAGUCAUGAUUAUUAUAUAUGUCUGUGGUGCAUUUCAUUUGAUUGAAACAGCAUUAUAACUGCCUUUAUGCAAAAGCAAUAAUAGUGGCCGUAAGGGGUAUAUUUAAAGCAUCAGAAAAGUAUGUUUUGUAUGGUUUUGUUUUUAAUGAUUUUAUGUCCCCUCUUGAUAAAUUGUUUUUACACUCCUAUUGAAAACAAGAUUUAUGCGUCAAGCAAAACAGGUCACUUAAUUUGGUUUGUUUAUGGUGUUUUUGUUUGUUUUUAGAUAUUUUUCAUUUCAUAUUGUCAUAUUCAUUGUAUUAAGAUAGACAAGAAUUUCAAAAGGUAAUGAAUAUUUGUUAUCAUCAGUCAAAUUUUACUAUUGUUUGUUAUCUUGUGUUUGUGGAAAAGAAGAUCUUCUAGGGGAGUUUGUCAUUUAGAACAAUUGUCAUAUUAAAGCUUUUUAAACCUGGUAAAUAUAUCCCAUUUUCUACUCAUUGUCAUAUGGUCUAGAUACAGGUAGUUAUCUCACCACUCAUUUUAUUUUAUUAUAUAUUUUAUUAAAAAUGAUUGCUCA